UGGCUUGCCCAAAACUACGCCAGAAACCAUGCUCAUAUGGCGAAAAAUGACCAUCCACCAUGUGACGGCACCACUGGAGAUGCGUUCGCCCCCCAAGGAGGAAUAACCAACGGUGCAAAAUGGUAUUCUGUAUCCGGUGGAAUGCAAGAUUUCAACUAUCUCGCCACUAAUGCUAUGGAACUCACACUGGAACUUGGCUGCGACAAGAUGCCUGACGGAAAAGAUCUGCCACAAUAUUGGGAAGAUAACAAGAAGGCCUUGAAGGAGUUCAUGUUUGCAGUGAGUUAA